AUGUCCAAGUCCAAAAUCGCCAUCUUUGGUGCCACAGGCAACCAAGGCAACUCUGUCGCCCGUGCCAUCCUCACCAACCCCUCCCUCUCAGCCAUUUACAACGUCCGCGCCUUCUCGCGUUCCAUUACCUCAUCCAAAAUGCAAGACCUGCAGUCCCUCGGCGCAGAGCUAUCUGUAGCCGACAUGGAUGACCCUACGACGCUCCCCUCUGCCCUAACAGGCUGCACACACGUCUUCCUCAUAACCACAACGCAAUACACCGGCUCCACACGCGAAGUCGAAACACGCCAAGCACGCGCCGUAUGCAGCGAAGCCAUCAAGCAGGGCGUCAAAUACAUCAUCUUCAGCUCCAUGUCGCACCCGUUCAAGAUCAGCAAUGGGAAGUUGAAGAACGUGGAGCACUUUGACGACAAGGCAGAAAUAGAAGAGUAUAUCCGCGGUUUGCCUGUGCAAAGCGCGUUCUUUGCUCCAGCAUCUUUUAUGCAGAAUCUGGAGGAUAGGAUGAAACCCCAUCCUUCUCCUGCGAAUGAUGGGACGUUCGUGCUGGGGGACAUCCUCCCGGGGGAUGCUCCUGUACCGUAUAUCGACAUCACCGAAACCGGGAAAUGGGUUGGGGCUAUCCUUGCUGAACCAGACAAGUACGCCGGCAAGUUUUUCGCUGCAGCAGAGGCUUUGUAUACGCCAGAUGAGGUCGCUGAGAUCAUAAGCACGGUGACGGGGAAGACGGUUAAGCAUGUCCAACUUCCAGAUGAGGUAGUCAAGGGAUUCUUCCCAGAGAGCUUCAGGGAGCAGUUGUAUGAGAUGUGGGUGCUGAACAGAGAGUUUGGGUAUUAUGGCCAGGGGCAGAAGGAGGCGGUUCAGUGGGCGAAGGAGCAGGUAAAGGGGGAAUUGACUGGGUUGGAGGCGUUUCUGAGAAAGAACAACUACAAGUUGGAGUGA